AUGCCCGUUGAGCCACCUGUCAUCGCAAAGCUAAAAGCACAGCGUACCAAAACACCUGCCCGUCCACAAGACCCCGAACCAGCCCAGCAUCCAGCGGGCGACAUCAAGCAUGGCGCACUUUCACAGGCCCUGCGCAUGUUUUUGUUCGCAGCCUACUUCGCCGGGAGCAUCGUGGCCAUCGCUAUCACACAGUAUUUCGGCAUUCCCUUGUAUCUAUACAGCAAGAACCUCUACUAUGCAUGGAUGGCCAUGUCCAAACAGCAAUUUGGCAUCGUCAUCACCACCAUGACCUACUGGUGGGCUCCCGUUACCAUGCGAGUUAGUGGAGAUGAGAGCAUGAGGGGACAACUGAGAAAAACAAAGGAUGGGCGAUUGCAGUCCAACUUUCCCGAAAGACUGGUCCUUAUUUCCAACCACCAAAUUUACACUGAUUGGGUCUACCUCUGGUGGGUGGCUUACACGGCUUCGAUGCAUGGCCAUCUCUACAUUAUCCUUAAAGAGUCGUUGAAGUAUAUACCCGUCAUAGGCUGGGGUAUGAGGUUAUAUGGCUUCAUCUUCCUCUCGCGCAAGUGGUCGACGGACAAGGAACGUUUUCAGCAUCGGCUGAAAAGGCUGACCACCAGCCACAGCGGCCCGUUGUCUGGUUCCCAGGAACUUGACCCCAUGUGGCUGCUCAUCUUUCCCGAAGGCACAAACCUCAGCGUAAACGGUCGAAUAUCGAGUAGAAAGUGGGCAGAGAAGAACAAGAUUGACGACUUGAGGCAUGCAAUGUUACCAAGAAGCACUGGCUUGUUGUUCUGCUUGAAAGAGCUCAAGACUUCCGUCGAAUAUCUGUAUGAUUGCACAGUAGCCUAUGAAGGCGUCCCUGUCGGCCAAUAUGGUCAAGAUAUUUUCACCCUCCGCGGUACCUACUUCCAAGGUCGCUCUCCAAAAUCAGUAAAUAUGCACUGGCGCCGUUACGCCACCGCCGACAUCCCAGUCCACGAUGAGAAGGAGUUCUCUGACUGGCUACUCCUGCGUUGGCGCGAAAAAGAUGAUCUACUACAGUACUUUGUUGAACACAACCGUUUCCCUGCGGACGACGGUGAAACACCUAGUGUCGACGGCGGAGAGCCAUUGAAGGGCGCAGGCUGGAUUGAGACGGAUGUCCGACCGGUCAAGUGGUACGAGUGGUUGCAGAUUUUUGUUCCAACUGCGGCUCUUGGGCUCAUCGUCAAUGUCUUUAUUAAGAUUUUCAACAUUGUUACGAAGGUCGCGGGAUUAAGGUCUAAAGCCUAG